AUGGCCGAGCCAGCGCCGGAGCCGGGGCGCGUGUGGAGGGUGCUCGCCCUGUGCGGGGCCGCCGUGUUCCUGGCGGCGGCGGCGGCCGGCGGGGCGCUGGUGGCCUGGAAUCUGGCUGCCUCGACAGCCCGGCGGCCUCGCUGUCCGGAGCUGGGGGCCAACGCCACGGCGGCGCCCUGGGACCCGGCGCCCGAGGUCGAAGAGCUGCAGCGCCGGCUGGCAGAGGCUGCCCAACGCGAGGAAGCCCUGGCCGGGCAGCUGGACCUGGCCGAGGGUGUCCGUCGGGAGUUGGAGGAGGCACUCAGAGCCUGCCAGGGACGCCAGAACCGGCUUCGGACCCAACUAACGACACUGAAGAGUGAAAUGGACGAGGCCAAGGCACAGGGGACCCAGAUGGGGGCCGAGAACUGGGCGCUGACAGAAGCCCUGGCGCGCUGGGAGGCGGCGGCCACGGAGUCUGAACGGCGGCUGGACGAGGCGCAGAGACGCGCAGGCGCGGCCGAGGCCGAGGGCGAAGCCUGCGCGGCCCGGGAGGUGGCGCUGCGCGAUCGCGUUAAAGCCCUGGAGGCCGAGGUGCGCCCCCCGCGCAGAGUGCCGCGCCCCCGGCCCCGCUCCCGCCCGGGGUCCCGGCCCCGGACCCGCUCGCGCUCUCGCCCCGGAACCUCGGGGAGCGGCUGCCGGCGGCCGGCGCGGCGCGCACGAGGGUGA